AUGCUAGAUCAUCCACGCAAAAUGAUACGUGAUACUUCGAUGUAUGCGCCAUUUCGUCAAAUUGCGCGGGGAAAAACACCCUCGUUGAAACGAUUGGCGCAAGAGGAAUUAGGUAGGACUAUUCAAGUAGGAAAGCAUUCUUCGGUUGAAGAUGCACGAGUAUGCAUGUUAUUAUAUCGUAAACAUAAAGUCUCAUGGGAACAAAUGAUGCGAACAAAAUUUAAAUUUGGUUCAAAAAAAUCUGGCCAGAAACGAAAAUAA